GGGAGCAGUCAAGUGCCUGUCUGGUGUUAUUAGCAGGAAUAAUUAAUUACCUGACCUGCCAUUUCACAGGAAAGCAGCAGAAAUAUGUGGCGGCAACUCCUGCCUCUUCUCCCCCUCUCGACAGGCAAGCAGGAGUAGUGUAACCACCGCACAUCCACGGAAGGGGCCAAGGAGAGAACUGGAGCUUGACAGUGUGUGUUGCAGGACCUAACCCUCCUGCAGCAACCCCUGCGCCGGGGUGAAGCCACCGACCUCUCCAUGAGUGGGAGUUCCUCUCCAUGGAUAGCAUCUGCCACUGACCUGUGCCUCCACCUCACCUCUGCGCUGCCAUGGCCACGCUAGAGACGCUGCCCGUUCUUAGUGACCCGACCUACCCCAGCCCGGAGAACUUCCACAGUUUUGCUCCCCGGCCAUCCCAACCCGUCUCCCAGAGCACCAUGGGGAGCGUGGGCAGUGGAGUUGCCAAUGACCAAGAGUUCGCCAUGAAGAGCGUGGGGACCCGGACACAGAGCAGUGGCCGGCAGACAGAGGGGUCUCGCAACGGGUACUCCACACGGGAGAUCUCCAACCGCUACUCCGGCGAGGAGAAGACAUACAAGUCGGAGAAGGUCUCCAAUUCCCUCUACAUCAACGGCGACCUGCGCAAGAGCGAGAAGGUGAAGAUGGACAUCUGUGGGAACGUGACCACCAACAACGAGAAGAACAUGCCACCUCCUCCCCAAUACCGAGAGCCCAGUAACCCACCAAAGAUAUUGCCAAUCUCCGGCAAACUAGACCAGAGCAAUGAGCCCUUAGUUAGACCCUCAGCCUUUAAACCAGUAGUUCCUAAAAACUUCCAUUCCAUGCAGAACCUCUGCCCGCCGCAGAGCAACGGAGUGACAGAGAAUAGAAAGAGCUUGAACCAUGCCAACAGCAAUAGCCCGUCCGCACCGAAAAGUGGACUCGACAAGAGCAGCCUUAACAGGACUACAAACCAAGUGGGGGGCCUUUCGGAUUCAGGCCGUAACUCGUUAACGAGCCUGCCCACGUACGGGACAGGCUACAGCCAGCAUGUGGGUCCAAUGAGCGCCUCCACGAGCCACAUCAACCGCAUCGGUACCACUUACGUGGACAAGAACAUCGUGGGAUACAACGGGAUAUCUACCUCAGACAGCGGGCGGUCUUCGAGCAAGAGCACCUCUUCGUUCAACAGACUGAAUCAUCUCAACGAAACGAUGCCUUUCCACUCGCCUUCAACAGACGACAUCAUCCAAGACCUGGAAGACCGGCUGUGGGAGAAGGAGCAGGAGGUCCUCCAGAUGCGAAGGAACUUGGACAAAAGCGAGGCAGCCAUCUUCCAAGUAUUCGAGGAGAAGCAGAAGAUCUGGGAGAGGGAAAUGGAGGACCUGAGGCAAAACUAUGCCAACAAAUUGCAACAGGUCUCCAAAAAGGCGCAGCGGGCUCAGCAGGCCUUGCAGCUCCAAAUCUUCAAGCUCCAGCAGGAGAAAAAAAAACUCCAAGAUGAUAUGGGACAACUCCUCCAGCAACGAGAGGAGCUGGAGAAGAAAUUUGUGGCUUUCAAGAAGGAGCAGGCUGAGUUUCUCCCAAAGAUUGAAGAGACCAAGUGGGAGGUGUGCCAGAAGGCAGGUGAGAUCUCCCUGCUCAAACAGCAGCUGAAGGAUUCCCAAGCAGAUGUCUCCCAGAAGCUGAACGAGAUCGUGGGACUGCGGACGCAGCUCAAGGAAGGUAAGAACUUCCUACGGGAGAAGGAGGAGCAGAUCCUCACCCUGAAGGACUCCUACAGCUCCAAGAGUGUCAACCUGGAGAUUUGUGAGAGUGAGCUGCAGCGGAAGAUGAGCGAGGUCCAGGUGCUGAGGGAAAAACUGAACCACUGUGAGCUGGAGGUCUCCGGCCUGAAGCGGACACUUGCCAGCAUGGGACCUCCAGGACCUUUUGGUGGGGAGCUCGGUGAGAAGCUGCGGGACCCGCUGGCCUGCGAGAGCGACGAAGCCAAGAUGCAGCGGCAGAGCGAGGACAGCGCCAACACGCUGCGGAAGGAGGUGGAGCGGCUCCAGACGGAGCUGAAGUUGGAGCGGCAGCAGCGGGAGCAGCAGGUGAUGGACUUCGAGGAGGAGCGGCGCACGUGGCAAGAAGAGAAGGAGAAAGUCAUCAAGUACCAGAAGCAGCUGCAACUGAACUAUGUGGAGAUGUACCAGAAGAACCAGCUCCUGGAGCACAAGGUGAAUGAAAUGAACACGAAGGCCACCAGUCCUCCGCACACCGAGGAGAAAAAAACAUGGACUCCCUCCAGACUCGAGCGAAUAGAGUCCACCGAGAUCUGAGGUGGGAUCAAGACAAUACAACAUAAUUUUUUUAUUGCUGUGCAUGUACUACCUACUCAAGCCAGUGAUCUUCCGAAGGAUAAUACGCUACCGUGGGAGCGGCGUGAGUCUGCUCGCACCAAGCUCCAUCACCCUUACUCUAUACUUCUGUGCUCUGUAGGUAAAAUAACUGUGGAUGUGCGUUGUUUUUCUAUCGAUAAUGCGACAUCUCUUUUGGUUUUUUUCCUAGUACAGCUGGUGAGGGUCAAUUGGCUCUUUUGUAAUCUGCCGUGACUGUUACUUCGCUAGAGGCUGCCAUCCCCUCUCCUACAAUUCAUCCCUCUUCGGUUGGUUGUUUUGGAGGGUUGUAUUUGGUUUCUUUGGUUUUUGAAGCAUUUACGUGCAGCAAAACAGUUCAAAGUGGCAGGUUUUUUUCAGGGCAUUUUUAGCCACAUUGGCUAAUGGAGAAAAGCUCUCGGGAUCAUGAGCAAACUCACUGUUCUGCUUCAAGUAUCCUGUCUAGACGGUGGUCUUAGUGAAGUCAGUGGGAGGUUGGCCACUGAUUUCAGUGAAACCAGACAUAUCUCUACCAGAUGACUCCCUCUUGCCAGCCCACGGCUACCACAGUUGCAAGAGGUUAAGACAUCCCUGAGGAGCAGGAUGAGCCUGUUCUGGUAACAUAAGCCAACAAGGAAUGAUUGCCCAGCAGGAGCCCCUUUGGAGGCUCAGCAGAGCUUAACAUAUGCUGCGUUUUCAUUUCAUUGGGGUUUCCUUCUGCAGUUCCAUUUCUCUCCUGGGUUGUGGCCAACCUGGGAGCAGAAACACCCUCCCACCUCCGCCUCGGUCCCCCUAUUCUUACCAUAUACUCAAGCUGGCUACAGCAAGAAAAAAACUUGGAAAUCCAAGCUAGUUUGCCUUCCCAAGAGCCCUCUUACUUCCCAAAGUCAAUGGAAUCAAGGUUUGGGGAAGCCUCCAAACCUGCGGGAUGUUUAUGCAAACUGAAGCUUUAGCAAUUUGCCCCAACAAUGAGCAAUUGUGCUACCCCAUCCCCAAACCAGUGAUGCUUUGGUGCGCUCUCUUGGUCCAGGGUCUACUUAAAAAAUGGCACCCGAGCCUCACUCAGGAGUUGCAGCGAGCACACAUCAGCAUUACCGCUAGAUUGCAACGGGGUGAGCGUUAGCCUUCAGUACAGCCAUUUCAAACAGCACCCAUAGCAAUCCCACGUGGCACCACAUAUUCCAGGGACAGAGAUAACGCAGGUCUAGCUUACGAAAAUAUUCAGCUACUAACUCUGAGCAUGAAAGCAGUCAUAAGAAGGGAAAAUACUUAAGAUCACGCAAGUGCUUAUGCCCUGGCAGAAUAAUAACCAAAUCCUAUAUGCACAUCACUGAGAAUGGUGCAGGCAUCAAAAACCAGCAUUCAGCUUGAAAAGGUGGGCAAAGUGGGUUUGAUUCUUCCUUUCAUGAACACUUUUUUACCAUGAUUCACAGUAAAGAGAAAAAAAAAAUGUUGCAAAGCGGAGUCUGCACUGACUGGGGAGGGGCCAAAGGAUCAACGCAAGUGGGAAUUUCAGCUCUCUGUCCUAGAGAGCAGCUAGAAUAACAAAGCUAGAAUUAGCACUGGGACGUCUUGGAAUGUCUGUGAGGUGACUCCAGGGAGAGUUUGGCCAGAUCACAUUUCAUGUGAAUAGCAAGGAAGAACCUCAGGAUGUUGAGGGGCUGAAGACCUUCAAAACAAAAGCCCUGAAGCUACAAAUUUUCCACGUUCCCUUCCCCAAAAGCUCCCCCUCUCCAUCACCAGGUCUGACCUUCAAGUUGGGAACAGAUGUUGUGGUGAGCUCCAGACUGAGCAAAAAAGCUGAGAAGGAGAGAGGAGACUUCAGUUAGUCCCACCAACCUCCAGCCAAGGUCAACAGACAGUAUUACUGGGCAGGAACUGUUGGUGACUGGCAGCGAUCCCUGGAGCCCCAGAAAAUGGAGAUGUGCGAUGAGACCAGAGCAUUUCAAGGUCCCAGUUGAUGGUACAUCUUUUCCCACUGCUUCUGCCUGUGCCUUUGGAGCUGGAGGAUGACACAACCCAUCAGUAUGGAAAACACCAGGGCAGCUCAGGCUAAGCCCCUCUCCCAGGACCAGCCAUAGAAAGGGGGACUAGGUUAGGUCUGACCCCUGAAGGGUGUGGAGAAGAGUCCCACUACGAAUCCUGCAGGUUCUCCAGCGCUCUUGCACAUCAGCCUGUGCACACCACCGAGGAAGGAGUGCAGCUGCCUGCCGGUGCCACCCAGCAGCAGACUUUGCCAUGCCAAGGGAGACACCCACAUGCACUGCGCAAACUUACACUUGGCCAGGCAAACCCUAGAGCUUCCUCCAUUUCAUACAUGGGGCCUUUGAGAUGGAGCCAAACAUCCCACAAUGUCAGGGGUUGGAGAUCUGGUGUCCUGUGUCAUCUUGGCUUUCUGUGCUUCUCUUUUCACAUCAGAUAAACCCACAACCCACUCUUUCCCAAAGCAGUUGUGAGGCAUCUGUGCUUCUGAAGGGCUUUGCAGCCCUUGGGCAAAAGGGCAAAGCAUAGAGAAAUGGCAAGAGGCUUAGACCCAGGUGGUCGUAUGGUGGUUUUGAGGCCACCACGUGACAAGCAAACCCAACAGCAAGUGUCCUCACCACAAGAUGGGUCCAAUAACCUGAAGGGUCAUUUCCACCUUUGCCUCUCCUGGCCCCACUCAUGUUCUGGCUGGUUUCCCACUAACCAUCGCAGAAAACAGCCUUUCAGUUGGUGGCUCAAGAACACCCAGAGUGAUUGAGUUUCAAGGAUCUGCUGUUGCGGAGGUGUACACCGCAAUUCCCUGCUGUGUUAACACUCAAGAGGAAUGGACACCGGCAUCGCCCUGUGGGACACCUUCUCACCAGAGCUCCUUGCUAAUCCACAGGCAGGAGAAGCAGGGGCUUGUCUGGCCUCCCCACAUACCUAGAUCCAGCCAGCAGCAGUCAGUCAAGCCCUCCGGCGUGCCAGGUUUGCUCCGUCAUCUUUUUCCUAGAUCUUUUUUGCAGUGGUGCCAGGAAUAAGUGUGUCUUGAGGGACCCAGUGAAACCUGGAGGCAUAGGGGUUUGUCUGACUGCUGGAGGGUGCUGGACUGCCCAGGGACUCAACGGCCUCACAGUACAUCCAUCAGGGACUGCAGAGUUCCUUGUUAUGGAGCAGGAGCGGCAAGGAGAAUUUUUCACCUUGGAGGAGGGAAGGUACACUUGCUU